AUGCCCGCGCCUGCGAAACAGCCCCCAAAUGGGACAAACGGGACAAACGGGAAGCAGGUCAAGUUUGUGGCCUCGGAUCCCAAUCGCGGCGGCCUGCCCGUGAAGCGCAAGCAGGUCCAGCACGCCUGCGCUGCGUGUCGCCGAAAGAAGAGACGAUGCCUCCACGCCGACGAUGCCUCUGAUGAGCCACCAAUCCCCGGCAACGAUCCUGCUUCAGUUACAGAUGAACCAACCGGCCAGGAAUCUCCUGUUCAGCCGUCUCCAACGUCCAUAAAGCUGGAUCAGACGCGUCCGGUCGACGCCCAAGAACCAAGCGCAACCAACCCAUCCGGCUUUCGCUAUGAGGAGCCGAAUGCUGCGCCUGUCGCCGUUGCCGCAAGGCCACCCAGCAUCACCACGCCAAAUGCGCAGUCUUCACGGUUUAUAGGCGACUUAAACCCGGAAAGCAUGUUUGUAGAGGCAACAGGAUCCGCCUCAAUUCGCGAAACAUCCCAGAAAGGAGACGUCGGUAUCUGGCUCUCCUCCGCAGAAGGGGCUGCUAGCCAAGGGUCCCAGUUCGUCACGUCACGACCGCCGCCCAUCAUGGACCAGUUCUUACUCCCCUUUGUAAGGGAACAUUGCUUGUCAUGUCUUCCCCCAGAGAAGGACUAUCGCAAGCUGAAGCAUGUUUUCUUGCAAAAGAUUCAUCCCAUUUUCCCCGUCAUCCCAGAAGCCGCCCUGGCAGGUUCUUCAGAGAGCCCAAGUGAUAUUGUCCUGCGGCAAUUGGUUUGUCUAGCAGCAGCCCCUGAUCCCACCAUGGCCCAGCAUCUUCGUCUCAAGAAUCGUGGGUCCGAUGUGAUAUCCUGUCAGGAUUUCAUGCAAUCCCUCUCCUCGGCUGUUCGGGCUAUCCUCGAGACGAGCGUUAUCCCUGACAGAGUCCUUCACGUUAGGGCCCUCGUCAUGUUGUCGCUCUACACUCAGCCUAGUAGCACUGAAGAAGCCGAUCUCCCCGCCCAGCUUGGCGGCCGGGCCAUCCAUCAUAUCCAGACUCUCGGCCUACAUCUUCUACGUUACGAGUCUGACAAUGGGGAGGAUUUCGAAACGCUAUUUUGUGCAGUCUGGGCCCUGGACAGGAUCAAUGCCGCGUCUUACGGAAGACCCUGCAUAAUGCACGAGCGAGAUAUUGGCGCCAACUUGGACAGGUGCAUCAAGAGGCGUCCUCCCUGUUUCCGACUCCUUCUCUCUGUUUGCCAAUGGCUUGACCAAGUCAUUGAGCUGUAUCGCCCAGGGGCAAGCGCCGAGGCAUCUGGGCUCGAAAAGAUUGCCUAUAUCGACCUCCCUGUGCUUGAAGCCAUGAUCGUCAACGCUGAUGCCUUGAAGGUCCCAACUUCGCUCAUCGCAACCAUUGAAACAUUCUACCAUGCUGUCAUUAUUUUAUCAUGCCGACUUCCUCGGCCUGGCACCCGCACUGCAGCUUCAACUCUUCCUCCUCCAUCAGCUAAUGCGCGGCGCUCGCUCGCAGCCGAACGAAUUGCAUGUGCAGUUCAACGGGAUAACCUCAGCCCCGUCCCAUUCAUUCCUUAUGCCGUAUCCCUCGCUCUCAGUGUCGAAUAUCGCAAGAUGCGGCAUAGUCGCCUGCCGAUGUUCCGCGCAAGAGCCAUGCAUGCUUUCAGACGGAAUUGCGAGAUGUUGAGGGAUUUUGGUGACUAUUUCUGGAGCGCAAGUGUUGUGGCGGGACUGGGUGAGCGAGUAUUGAAAGAGAUGGAGAGAGCUGCAACAACUCUCACGAAGGAUAUCACGCCGCCUCCGCCGGAAACGCCUGGUUCUGAUCCAUCGUCCCAUGCGACAGUACCCCGGCCAAGUGAGCUCCCUGCGGCAGAUCCCACGGCAUUGAACUCAGCGCAAGGCACCGAGAACCCCGUCGAUUUCUCCCUCCUCGAUGCCAUUUCUGGGCAUGAUGUCUUUGGUCACAUUGAUCCAAGUUUUAACUUGAACGCUGUGGAGGAUGCCCUAGAAGCAAAUCUCGACAUUGGACUUCCAAUCAACUGGGGCGAUUGGGGUCAGUUCACGGCCUGA